AUGUACAACGGCAUCGGUCUCAAGACCGCUCGAGGCACAGGUACCAACGGCUACGUUCAACGCAACCUCUCCAACUUUAAACCACGAGACAACCCCUUCAACAAGCAAAAGGGAGCAGGUGGUCCUAGCUCAUUCGGAUCCGAUGUUCGCCACACGCAACCCGAUGCAGCCAUCCUGGAGCACGAGCGCAAGCGCAAGGUAGAGGUCAAGUGCAUGGAGCUCCGAGUGCAGCUCGAAGACGAUGAUGUGCCCGAGGACGAGAUCGAGCUGCAGGUUUCAGCGCUUCGCGAGAAGCUCGCCGCACAGUCUGAACAGCAGAAGGAGCAAGAGGCUGCAGCCGCGGCUGCAUCGUACUCGAGACAGCAGGCGGCUCGACUGAAUCCCGGUGAGACGCACAAGCGCCUUGAAGCCAAACAGCACGACGACCAUCGCUUUGCCUCUGCUGUCGGCGUCGAGAGCGGAUAUCGUGAAGGUGACGCGUUCAAUCGCGAGCUGCAGGAGCGCAAGAGGCAGGAACGCAUCGAAGAGAGACGCAAAGCAGACGAACAAAGGAGGCUCGAUUGGGAGCGGAAGAAGGAGCUGCAGAAGCAGGCAGGCAAAGAUCGACAGCAGGAGCGUGAACGUGUCGAACGUGCACGAUCGAGUCGAGACGAUGGAUGGUCAAGUCGUGCACGCAAGACCUCGCCGGAUCAUCGUCGAGGCCCUGGCAGCCGCUCGGAUGAUGACAGCGGUCGAUCUCUCUCAAGGUCGCCGUCUCCACGAGCCAAGAAGAGAGGCAAGUACGGCGGCUCUGCAUCCGACAGUGACUCGCACUCUUCCACUUCAGACAGGCGCGAUGCUCGUCGCAGCCCCCGCCGCAGUGUAGCCUCAGGUAAGGCAAAGGACGUCUCGCGAGAUGCUGAACGAGGCAGGAAACGAACGCGCUCGCCCUCCUACUCGGAUUCUCGAUCGGGCUCUUCGCGCUCAUACUCUCGUUCACCGUCACCCUCGCGCUCUCGAUCGCGUUCCCCCAUCCCACGUCAUCGUCGUCGUCUGAGCCGGUCCACCUCCGGAUCACCGUCCCGCUCACGCUCACGGUCCCCGUCCAGAUCUUCGUAUUCAUCCCGCAGUCCGAGCCCGCGCCGCAACCGCAUCCGUAAUCGAUCGAGGAGCAGGAGUCGUAGCGUCAGUCGCAGCGCAAGUCCGCGCAGGGGAAGAUCACGAUCCAUCACACCGCUGUCGUACUCUUCGCGCUCGGUAUCGAGGAGUCGGAGUCGGAGUCGCUCACCUGUUGCGCGCCCGAGCCGGCGCAGGUCGAGGUCGAGGUCGAGAUCGUCCGAUUCGACGUCUUCGCGGUCGCCGGCGAGGGAUGAGCGUCGCGACCCGCAAAGGCGCCAAAGAGACGCCUUCUCCCCACGCCUCGCCUCGCAAUCCCGCUCUCCAAAACCCCCCGGUCCGCCACCGGUCAAACCCGGCCCCCCGCCGCCUCGACCACCCGGCCUCUAA